AAUGAUCGUGAACAUCUGGCCAGCUUGGUGUGACCACCCAGCAAAGACCAGGUUCUGAGAAGCAAUGGUGAUGAGGGCUUUUGUCCUGUUGGCCGUCUUUGCGGAAGCCUCUGCAAGAUCAUGCACUCCAAAUAAAGCAGAUGUCAUUCUUGUGUUUUGUUACCCGAAAACCAUCAUCACCAAAAUCCCCGAGUGUCCCUAUGGAUGGGAAGUGCAUCAGCUGGCCCUCGGGGGGCUGUGUUACAAUGGGGUCCACGAAGGAGGAUACUACCAAUUUGUAAUCCCAGAUCUGUCGCCUAAAAACAAGUCCUACUGUGGAACUCAGUCCGAGUACAAGCCCCCCAUCUACCACUUCUACAACCACAUUGUUUCCAAUGACAGCACGGUUAUCGUGAAGAACCAGCCCGUGAACUACUCUUUCUCCUGUACCUACCACUCUACCUACUUGGUGAAUCAGGCUGCCUUUGACCAGAGAGUGGCCACUGUUCAUGUGAAGAACGGGAGCAUGGGCACAUUUGAAAGCCAAUUGUCUCUCAACUUCUACACUAAUGCCAAGUUCUCCACUAAGAAAGAAGCCCCCUUUGUGCUGGAGACAUCCGAAAUUGGUUCAGAUCUCUUUGCAGGAGUAGAAGCCAAAGGGUUAAGCAUUCGGUUUAAGGUGGUGUUGAAUAGCUGCUGGGCCACACCCUCGGCUGAUUUCAUGUUUCCCUUGCAGUGGCAGCUGAUCAGCAAGGGCUGCCCCACGGAUGAAACAGUCUUCGUGCAUGAAAACGGGAAAGAUCACAGGGCAACCUUCCAGUUCAACGCCUUCCGGUUCCAGAACAUCCCCAAGCUCUCCAAGGUCUGGCUACACUGUGAGACGUUCAUCUGCGACAGUGAGAAGCUGUCCUGCCCAGUGACCUGCAAUAAGCGGAAGCGCCUCCUCCGGGACCAGACCGGGGGCGUCCUGGUGGUGGAGCUCACCCUCCGCAGUAGGGGAUUCUCAAGUUUCUAUAGCUUCUCAGAUGUUCUCUACCACCUCAUCAUGAUGCUGGGGAUUUGUGGCAUCUUAUAGGAGGUAGCCAGGCAGCUGCAGCAACUCUGCCC